AAUGGAGCGUCAUCAGUGUACAAAAUGUGGACAGAGUUUCUCGGACAGCGCCUUAUUUGCUUCUCACCUCUGUUCAGAAAGGUUGACCGCUCCAUCGUGUGAAAAACAGUUGAGUAACUACACAUGCUCUCAGUGCACUCAGGCUUUUUCCAAGCCUGGUGUCCUAAAACGCCACUUCAAAAUCACCCACAGUGGACAUGACCCUAAAGGCCCAUUCACCUGCAGCGAGGAAGGCUGUCUUUUCAGCAGCAUGGACCGACAGGAAUAUCAAAACCACUCGAUGGCCACACAUGGUCUCACUCUUAUUCCUUGUACUGUGAAGUCCUGCAAAGUGUCCUUCGUCACACAGGAGGAGAUGGAGAGACACUUGCGGGGCCACAUGCCCUUUGGCUGCUUUCAGUGUGAGUUUGUCUGUCAAAAUGAAAAAGACAUGAGUCAGCACCUCUUGGAGCACGACCGUCUGCAAACUGUCGCUCAAGGAGUUGAGACUGCAGGCACAGCUGUAUGCAGGAAUGGACGCCAGCAGCCUGAAGUCUCCAGCAGAUCAAAAAGAAAACUGAUAUCCAACUCAACUCCAUCAUCACCAGAGGAGGGGAAUGAUGAACGACAUGAGAGGCAAAGGCAUAACAUAAAAAGAGUGAGAACAGAAAGAGACAAACCUUCAGUAGUGGACACUGCACCACUGCCAUCCAAAGAGUACCUUGCAGAGGGAUCAGAGCGCGUCUAUCGCACACACACCUGCCCCAAGUGUCGCCGCUGCUUCAAGAUGCGCUCCCUGCAGGAGCACCUGCAUUUACAUUUCCCUGAUCCCAGUCUCCAGUGUCCCACCUGUCAACGUUACUUCACCAGCAAGAGCAAGCUACGCGUUCAUCGACUCCGUGAGGCCGGUGAAAAGCUUCACCGGUGUCACCUGUGUGAGUAUUCGGCCGUGGAGAAGAACGCAAUACGCCGCCACCUCUCGAGUGUGCAUGCCGCAGAAAGUCAGGACGGUCAGAGUUACCCUUGUCCCACCUGUGGUCAGAGCUUUCUCCAGAGCAGGUCGCUCAAGGCUCACAUGAAGACGCACAACAUCCUGUCGGACAGCAAGCUGACAAACUGCUUCAGAGAGGGUUGUUCUUUCCAGAGCUCGUCACACAAAGAGCUUCUGAAACACUCUGUGGAUGUGCACGGAGUCAGAGCUGUAGAGUGUCGCCAUCACGCCUGCGCAGCCGUCUUCGAAAGUGAGACAGACAUGCAGGCUCAUUAUCGGACACACCUGGCCUACCACUGCUCACACUGUGAUUUCUCCUGUUCCAAUAAAGCCCUCUUCCUCCAGCACCGGCGGCAGGGUCACCCAGGGAGCGACAAGCUUUGCUGCGACUUCUGCUCCUUCGCCACCUUUAACCCCGUGGAGUUUGAGCGGCACGUCGGACACCUGCACGCCAACGAGAAGAUUCACCGCUGCUCUCAGUGCAGCUUUGUGACGUCCCACAAACGUGGCCUGAAGAGACACAUGUUGAUGCACAGUGGUGAGAAGCCCCAUAAGUGCAGCCUGUGUGACUUCAGGUGCAGAGAUGAGUCCUACCUCUCCAAACAUAUGCUCACUCACUCAGACAGCAAGAACUUUAUGUGCGCUGACUGUGGAUACGUCACUAAAUGGAAACACUACCUGACUGUCCAUAUGAGGAAACACGCUGGAGACCUCAGGUAUCAGUGUGAUCAGUGCUCCUACCGCUGUCACCGCAUGGACCAGCUCAACAGCCACAAACUACGACAUCAGGCCAAAUCUCUCAUGUGUGAGAUUUGCGCUUACGCCUGCAAGCGAAAGUAUGAGCUCCGUAAUCACAUGCUGGUCAAACACUCUGGAGAGGAGAAGCAGCCGUCCGUCUAUAAGUGCAAAUACUGCGCGUACACCACCUGCUACAGACAAGCCCUGCAAAACCACGAGAACUGCAAACACACCAAGCUCAAAGAGUUUCGCUGUGCGCUCUGCUUUUAUUCCUCUUUCAGCAGCAUCAGCCUCUUUCUGCACAAGAGGAAAACUCACGGGUACGUACCAGGAGACAAAGCGUGGCUCGAGAACUACGCAGCCAAGGAGAAGGAGAGGAACUCUGCUGAGUUCUUGCAGGACUUUUACAAGAAGCCUUCAGCAGCUCAACAGCCCCGACAGUCAACUUCUGAAGGACCUCUGACAUCUCAAAGGGAACAGCCUGAUCUUUAUCGCUCAGCAGAUCAGAGUGCCAAGAAAGAUACCGCGGAUGGCUCAAAUACUGGGGAUGUUUUUGAUGUUGGUUCUCAAGAGGUUGCGAAUGAAGGGAUUUCCGAUGUUCCCACAUCUGUCAACAGUUCAGAAGAGUACUGCACUCUUGUUUUAACAACACUAUCAACCACUGACUAUCAACAUGAGGAAGAAAACUGUGCAAAGCAAACUCUAAACUCAAACAAUUUGAACCCCACCAGGGCUGACCAAUCACAAGAGAGAGCAGAACUCUCUGCAUCUUCAUCAGAAGCAGACGAUGUAGACAUGGCUGAUGCAGAAUGUGAACAAAGUGACACAGAUAACCAUGAGCCUCUCGAUGGUGCACAUCAACUAUUUGAACCUGGAGAGCAUGUCACUCAAAUACACGAGUUGGAGAAUGAUGACAAAACGACCAGUUCCUCUCUUCCGACUGAGAAAAGUCAGCCUCUAGAAUCUGAGGUCCGUCUGAAAGAGAUGAAGAAGCAUGACCAGGACCAAGCAGAAGCCAUGCUCCUGGAAGGACGAGUGCAGAUGGUUGUGGUGCCGGCUAAAGACAUUUAUCACUGUGAUAAGUGCUCUUAUGUAACCAGUAAGGAGAGCACUUUGAAGAACCACCGCCAGGCUAUGUGUCACGGUAGGACAAAGGGACAUAAGUGCCAGUCCUGCGGUGCACAGUUCAAACAGAGGAGAGGUCUUGAUAGCCACCUUGCAAAGAAGUGCCCCGCUGUCCAGCGGAAAACCAGGACAUUUGUCGGUGUUUUGAAUACAUGUUUGACUACAGAUAACGACUCAAGUGUAGGUCAGGGAGGAUCCAAAGUGGAUCAGGGAACAAGUUCCAUUCGGACAGAAAUUCUUCCUUCCCCACAAAGAAUUAGCACAGAAUCAGAUGAUCAGGUCUCUCAUCAGCCAGAAGAGGGCGUGUCCACAGCUACACCGGAUGUUAAAGUCCAUCAUUCUUCAAGUGAGUCAGGACUCCAGAAGAGCAAAAUACAGAGAAAGAAGGUUUCAGAACUUGCACAAAAGAAAGUGAAAACAAAGUGUUCAAGAGAAAGCAGUGAAAAGACUGCUCCACUGCAUCCCCUUCACUCUAAAAAAGAUGGAAAAUUCAAAUGCCAGCUGUGCAGUUUUUCGUCAGUUAAGCUUGCAACACUUGAGAGACACAUCUCAACAUGCCGAAAGAGCUUAAGGAAAACUGAGAAUCAGGAAUCGUCAGCUUUAGAUGAUGACGAGGAAGGCAACAAGUCUGUGCGAGGAAAAGAGGACGUUGUCAGAAAGAACAGUGAAGGAGAUGGGACAGUCUCUGAGAAACAUCGAACCUUCUCCUGUCCAAGCUGUGACUUCAAGUGCAGACAGAAAAGAGGGUUAGAAAGCCAUAAAAAGAGAGGCUGCUUAAAACUCGAUGAAGUCAAAUGCACCAGCUGCUCAAUUAAUGCCAAAUCUAAACAUUCUUUGAGCUGUCAAAUCCUGAGCGUCCAUAACAAAAAGAAGUCUGCCGUAGCUGCAUCUGAACGUUUGCAGUGCCAGCAGUGUGCCUUCACCUGUAAACAGGAGCGAUGCAUGGCACAGCAUGUUGCGCUGAAGCACAAAGGUGCACGACCUCACCUGUGUCGAUAUUGUCCUUUUAGCACCACGAGGCGCUAUCGCUUGGAAGAGCAUGAGUCUCUUCACACAGGACUCGGCCGUCACAGCUGUGGCGUUUGCGAUAAAACAUUUGGAACUGUGACCAAACUGCGUCAGCACAAGACGCGCAUCCACGACAAAGAGCCCACACACUUCUGCUCCCUGUGUGACUUCAGUGGCUACACGCUGGACGAUGUGAGACGGCACAAGCUCAGAUGCCACACGGGGGAGUUACACCACUCCUGCGGCCAUUGUGACGCACAGUUUAGCUCUGAAGUUGCACUGAGAAAGCACUGUAAACGUGUGCACAAGCUCCAGGUCUCUUUUUCAUGUAAGCAGUGUGACUUCACGUGUAGCAGCCAGACCUUACUGAAGGGCCACCAAGAAAACAAGCACCCUCAGGUGAAGUGCAGCACCUGCCAGGAAGCUUUUGAGACAAAAGAAAGCCUGGAGAUCCAUCAGAGAAUCCACCUGGCACAUCAUUGUCAGCUGUGUCCGUUUGCUGCCAAAACAAAGCAGCUGUUAGCCCGACACCUUCUCAACAAACACGAGGAGGGGUCCCCGGAGGACAAGCCUCUCAGGUGCAGCGCCUGUCAGUUUGCUUGUCGGCACCAGCUGGUGUUAGAGCAGCACCUGCGCUCACACGGGGGGAAACGUCUGUACAAAUGCACAGACUGCAAGUAUUCAACCAGGAACAAACAGAAGAUCACGUGGCACAUUCGCAUCCACACUGGGGAGAAGCCUUACAGCUGUGAGCAGUGCAGUUACACCUGCACCGAUCCGUCCAGGUUAAAGCUUCACAUGAGGGUUCACCAAGAGGAGAAGAAGUAUCUCUGUCCGGAGUGCGGCUACAAAUGCAAGUGGGCAACUCAGCUGAAAUACCACAUGGCCAAACACACAGGAGACAAGCCGUAUGCCUGUGAUGAGUGUGAGUACCGCACAAACCGAGCAGACGCUCUCCGUGCCCAUCGAGACACGCAGCACUGCAGCCUGCGCCCCUUUGUCUGCGAGAAAUGUGGUAAAGCCUUCAAGACUAGUUUUGUACUGAAGACCCACCAGCGUCAGCACAGCGACGACCGGCCCUACACGUGUGGAUUGUGCAGCAAGGCCUUCAGGUGGCCGGCCGGUCUCAGGCAUCACUUCCUCUCACACACCAAGCAGCAGCCUUUCUGCUGCCGUCACUGCUCCUACAGAGCCAAACAGAAGUUUCAGGUGGUCAAACAUUUAAAGAGGCAUCAUCCAGAGGUGUCAGCAGAGCAGGGCGUGGUGAGGGACUCUGAGGCAGGGAGUCUGACCCUGAAGGAGGCAAUGCAGGAGAGGCUGGAGGAGAGAGAGGCAGAAGAGGUGGAGGAGGAGGAAGGGACUGCUGAGGAGGGACAGGACGAGGAACAUGGAGUAGUUGAAGAGCAUGUGCAAAGAGAGGAAGACUUUAAGAAGUAGCCCUGGAGAGUGGGCACAGUAGAUGCAGGGAAAUAAAGAUGUGUUGGAGUUUGAAAGAUUGAAACUUAACAGAGACAUACAGUUUGUGCAGGCCAUGAACCAGUUGUUGUCUGACCUUAAGAUUUGGCCUAGUCAUAAGAUCCUGUUCCGAUAUUCUCACAGAAACACACCUUACACCACCUGUUCAGAUAAUGUUCUUUAUUUAGUACACAUCCUGUGGUUGUAAGUCCAUCAUCAAAUCCAACAGCAACUUUUCCCUCGCCAUCGAUGGCUCUACAGUGCUCCCUUUGUCUGAGCUCCUUCACCGACACAAUCCCACCCGCUCUCUCAGGUCUGCAGAUGCAAACCCACCCUCUGGAACUCACUCCCAAAAAACACCAGAGACCCCCCCCCCUACUCACUUCCUUCAAGAAAUCCCUAAAAACUCAACUCAGCUAGGUGUUUCUUCUGCCAUCUGAAUCUGCCUUCUCACCAUAAACAAUAGGACAUAUUUCAAGAAAAUACCUCUGUCCCUAUCAAAUGAAUAAAUUUGAUUAUUAAGUGCUUUAAUACGUUGUUCAAACUGCUUUUGAAGAAAAAAUCUAAAAGAAUGAAUGAGUCAAAAAGUUUUGUCAGUGAGUGAAGUUUACUCUAUGGUGUAGAUUCAUUCAUAAAGUAAUAAUAACUUUAUUUAUAGAGCACCUUUCAAGAACAGAGAGUCACAAAACAAAACAUGCAGAACUUUAAAAGUAAUUACAAGAACCUUGAAUUAGAGUAAUAUGUGACCUUUUGCAGGACCUGGUUUAUAGUCUGGCUGCAGCAUUUUGUUCUAGUUGUAAACAGUUAAGGGAUGUUUUGUUGAGAGCGGUGAAAAGUGAGUUGCUGUAAUCCAAACUGGAUGAAA